CCUAAGUUUUAAACCAAAAUUCACAAUCAAUGUGCUAUUUUCUCUAUAAAAAACACAAUCCACAUCUCUAACUAUCCAUGCAAAAUUCCAUCGACGCCUCACAAAACAAAAUAUCACUACUACUUACAAAUUUUCAGAAAAUGAAGAAGAAUAUUUUGCUAAUAUUAUUACUAGCCAUCUUCACUAAUUCUUGGCUUAGUAAAGCAUCCUCCGCACCUGAACCAGUGCUAGACAUAAAUGGCAAAAUUCUCCGAACACACACUAUGUAUUACAUAGUACCACUAAACCGCGAAAAUGGCGGCCUCGCUGUAGAAACCAUUGGCAAUGAGACAUGUCAACUUGGUGUCGUAGAAGAAAAAUACGAUGAAAAUGGUAAUAUCCUCGAAUUUAUCCCUGUGGACAAAAAGAAAGGCGUAAUACGUGUAUCGACUGAUUUAAAUGUUGCGAUUUUCAGUGCCUACGAAUGUCGUCAAUCGACUGUGUGGAAACUUGAGGAGUAUGAUCCAUCGACAGGGAAAUAUUUCGUUAACGUUGGUGGAGUUGAUGGAAAUCCUGGUCCUCAAACAAUAAGGAAUUGGUUCAAAAUUGAGAAGUAUGGACAUGGUUACAAGUUUGUUUAUUGCCCUUUUUCAGUGUGUAGUUACUGUAAAGUCAUUUGCAAAGAUGUUGGUGUUGAUAUGGUCAAUGGACAGAGACGUUUGGUGCUCAGUGAUGUUCCUUUUGUGUUCAACUUCAAAAGGCAAUUCACUUCUUGAUUACAUCAUAUUGAAGAAACACUUAGUAUUAAAUAAGUUAAAUCUACCAAAGUACUAGUAAUAUUAAUUAUGACAAUAACUUGUCUUUUAAAUAAUAGUGAUGUAAUAAAAAUCGAGUGCCCUUUCCUAAUGCAGGCACUUUCUUAAUAAA